ACUUCCCAAGCUGAAGAGAAUAUAACCAGUCUGGAAAAACUAAAAGAAGUUAUGCAAGAGCAACUAUCAGCAAAGGAAAAGAAAUUGGCUGAUCUAACUGAGAAACUGAACAGUUUCAAGAAGACAGUGAACAGCCUGACUGAAAGUUUGAUUACAAUUGAGGCUAGCUUUACUGCUUCACAAAAUGAGAAGAUUUCUUUGGAGAUUCAGUUAGAAGAGGUUAAAGAGUCAUUGACAAAAACUCAAGAUGAACUGAAGGAGAAAACCAAUUCCUUAACACAAAAAGCUAUGAAUAUUGAAAGUGAACUUAAGCAUGAGCAAAUUCGGUAUGAAGAGAGCCAGAGAGGUCUUCAGGAAGCUGUUGAAAAAAUUAAGUUUUUAAAGAAGAAUAAUGAUACUGUAGAAGGUGCUAGGAGUGAACUUGCAGAUAAAGUUGCUGCACUCACCAUUCGCAAGCAGGAAUUAGAACAGGAGAUUGUGUAUAAAGCAGAGGCAAUCAACACAUUAGAAUGUGCACAGCUUAAAAAUCUCCAGGAGAUUAAUCAGUUGCAACAAAGAGUUGGUGAUCUUGGUACACAACUGUCAGAUAUAGAAGCAGAUUACAGGAAUUUGCAGCUUGUGAAUGAAAAUUUAGUAGGUGAACUUGAUAACAGCAAGAUAUGCCUAACUGAUACAGAGAAACAUGUGAAACAACUAGAAGUACAGGUGACCUUACUGACACAGACUGUGGAACACUUUGAGCAGUUGAAUGAACACAGUAGGAAGGAAAAAGAGACUUUUCAAGAAAUAAAUCAAGAACUAAAUAAGAGUGUUGAGCUAUUGAAGGGAAAACUUUCAACUGUAGAUGAUACUCUACUGGAUAUGCAGAUCAAAAUGUCAUCAGAUGAAGAAGAAAAAGCAAAAUUACAUGAGCACAUAAUAUCCCUUGAAGAUAAAUACAAAGCUUACAGUGUUGAACUUUUGGCAAAGACAGAAAAAUGUAAAAAAAUAACAGAAUUAGUAAAGCAUCUGAAGACAGAAGUAAAGGAACUUCACCAAAAGUUAAAAUCAAAAUCAAAGAAUGCAUCACAAGAAAAUAAAAUUAGAAAGAAACAAGAAGAGACAAUUGUUGCUCUGGAGAAUGAAUUACAAACUCACAUUCAAGAAAUACAAUCCCUAGAAAGCCAAGUCAAGGUUCAGAAAGAAUUGCUUACUACUCUUGAGAAUAAAUCAGCUUCCCAAGAAGAGCAACUUAAUGACAGCCUGAAAACUGUUGAAAAGCUAAAACUAGAUUUAGACAAAUAUAUUUCUGAACAGCAAGAACUCCAGUAUAAAUUAGAAUCUAAAGAAGAAUCAUUUCAACUUCUUCAGACUUCCAGAGAUGCUGACAUAGAGAGACUGAAGAAUGACCUUAUUCAUAGACAGGAAGAAUAUAAUAACUCUUUGCUGUUUUAUGAAAAAGAACUAAAUAAUUGCAAAACUGAGCAUGACAAGACUAUAGAAGAAUUAAAUAAUUCUUUUAUUCAUGAAAAAGAGAUUAAGGAUAAUAAUGACAGCCUCAUGAAUCAGAUUAAGAAGAUGGAGUUAACUCAUAAGGUAAAUAAAUUUGUUUUGCUAUUUGUGUGUAAAUUCUUAUUUGUGUUUACCUGCUUGGGGUUGUAAGAGUAGUGUUAUAUCUAGUGUUCAGAUUAUUUAAUUUGCAGUCUCUUAAAAAAUACCUUUAGGCUGUAAUGCAAGAGAAGUUUGCCAAACAGAAAUGAUUAAAAAGUAUUGAAAGCAAAAGUUCAGAGGACCAAAUAUUGAUGUUUUGUAUUUUCUGA